CGAAGUUUGUUACCGGCGGCGAUUGAUCGGAACAGACUUCGCCGGAGAAUCGGUUUCUGGAACUGCAAUCGAUUUUCCUCGGUGAAAGAAGAUGAAGGUCAUCGUCAAAACUUUGAAGGGGGCUCGCUUCGCGAUCGAAGUCAAACCAGAGGAUUCGGUUGCUGAUGUGAAGAAGAAAAUAGAGACUGUGAUGGGAGUUAGUGAAUACCCUGCUGCACAACAGAUGCUUAUUCAUAAAGGGAAAGUGCUUAAAGACGAAACAACAAUGGAGGCUAACAACGUUGCUGAUAAAAGCUGUAUUGCCAUUACGAAGAGUAAACCUACAUCUCUUGGAGCGUCUUCUGCAUCUGUUGGCCGUAAAGCUCAGGGCAUCCCGGAGCAGACUCAAGAACCUGCAGCUCCUCCAGCAGGAGACCCAAAUGGGUUUUAUUAUUUGCCGCAGGGCCUGCCAAAUAAUGGGUCACUUGAAUUCUUGCGCCACACGAAACAGUUCCAGAUUCUUCGACCUCUGGUGCAGUUUGACCGUAGUGUCAUAAAGGGAAUUCUAGAGGAGAUAGAGAAAGAGAACCCGCCUCUGGCUCGGAUGAUUCGAGAGAACAGAGCCGACUUCUUACGCUUAAUAAAUGGGGAACCACUUGAAGAAGGAAGAGCAAGUGGCAACCAAAUGGUGCAGCCUCAGGAAAUCCAAGAGAUCCUCUUACACUUUCAAAACAACGAACCCAAUGAAGGAGGAGACGGUGGCAAGCAAAUGGAACAGUCUGAGGAAAGGGAAGUCAAAGUUACAGCUGAGGAGUAUGAAUCAAUCGAACGGCUUCAAGUAUAUAAUAUUCAAGACAAAACAGAGUCUGAGGAAAUGGAAGUCAAAGUUACAGCUGAGGAGUAUGAAAUAAUCGAACGGCUGGAAGCAUUGGGGUUCGAGAGAGGUGAAGCGGCGGUUGCGUUCUUCGUCUGCAACAAGAACGAAGACUUGGCUGCAAACCAUCUUCUCGAUGAUCACAUCCACGACUUUCAAGACAAAACAGAGUCUGGGGAAUGGGAAGUCACAGCUGAGGAGUAUGAAUCAAUCGAGCGGCUGGAAGCAUUGGGGUUCGAGAGAGGUGAAGUGGUGGUUGCGUUCUUCGCCUGCAACAAGGACGAAGACUUGGCUGCAAACUAUCUUCUCGAUCAUCACAUCCACGACUUUCAAGACUAAACCAAACUCUCUCAUUUUCUCUCUUUAGGUUUCCCUUCCUUUG